ACACGAUCGUCGUAUAUGAAGUCUUAUUUUUAAAACAAAGUUUGAAAAAUGGCUUCACCUCCUAAAAAAUUGAAGAUUGAGGCAAACGGAUCUCGUUUAAGUAAACUUUUGAUAAAUAAAGGAACACAAGCUUUGAAAACAACAUUGCAGUUUAAUAUAAAUUUUCGUUCGUCAAAUCUAAGCGAUGAACUUAAUAAACCCUCAAAUAAAAGUGCAUUGGAAUCAUUAAGAAAAAGAAGCGUCAUUAACAAAGAGCAAUGGGACCUUCUUUACCCAUCAACUGGUUUGCCAAACCUUGAAAACUUUGACAUUUCAUUAUUGACUGUCUUAUUGCGUAACAUAUGUGGUCUAACUGCGCCACAUGGUGGAUGGGAUAAUCUUCCUUCCUCUUCAGAUACUUCAAUCUCAGCAAAUAUUGCAAGAAUAAAGUUUUAUCGAAACAAAGUGUAUGGUCACAUAACUACAACUAGUGUAGAUGACAGUGAGUUUGAGUACUUGUGGCAGGAAAUUUCAAAAGCAUUGGUUGCUCUGGGUAUUCAACAAACUGAAAUAGAUGAAUUAAAGAAAGCUCCACUCAGUCCCGAUGAAGUAAAUUAUAUUGAAAUGUUAAAAAACUUUACUUGCAUAAAUGAGGAUGUAAAGAAAACAAAAGCUGAUGUAGCAGGAGUAAAAAAAAUGGUACAGGGCAAAACAGGUUCUAAUGUUGAAAUGCUUGGAAAGUGUAAUUUUAACGGUCUUAUUAAAGAUCUUAACAAGAAAUACCUUGAAGGCACUAGACAAUGGUUAUUUAAAACACUCGACACUUGGUUUAACGAUAGAAGUAAAGAUGCUUCUAAUGUCAUAAUUUUGAUUGCCGGUCCUGGAGUUGGUAAAAGUGUGUUUGCUGCUGAGGUGUGUCAACGAUAUUCUGAAAAGAAGAAACUUGCUGCUUCUCAUUUUUGCAGAUAUAAUAGAUCAGAUUAUAGAAAUCCUCAAAUAUUGAUAGAAUCAUUGGCUAGUAGCAUGUGUGAUACAAUAUCAAAUUUUAAAAGUAAACUGAAUGAAGAAUUACAGAGAAACCAUUCAAAAGACUCAAUCACCGAUGCAUUCCGUGUUUUAUUAAAUGAUCCAUUGCAUUCAUUGAGAGAUCAUGAACCAAUGCUUUUGGUUAUUGAUGCCUUGGAUGAAAGCCAACUUGAUGGCAAAAGCGAAUUGUUGGAAUUGAUUGCAGAAGAGUUUGAGCGACUGCCUAAAUGGAUUAAAAUCUUCAUCACCAGUCGUCCAGAACUUCCUGUUCAAAAGGAGUUGAAAGUCAUGAAUCCUGUGGAAAUUGCAACUUGUCCUGGUUAUAACAACAACGAAAAAGACCUGCACAAGUAUUUUGAACAUGAGUUGAAUAAUCGGGUGCAGGAAGAUCCCUUCGCUCUAUUUCCAUUAGUUGAAAAAUGUGAGGGAUCAUUUCUUUAUGCGUAUUACGCACAACUGAGCUUGAAAGAACAAAAUAUUGAGCUUACUUACGAAAACAUUCAAAAAUUGGUCCCUAGUGGGUUGAGCGGUGUUUACACAAAGCAAUUCAAAAGAGUAAAAGAAUUGUUAACGAAGAAAAGUACCAGAAAAUCUGUUAUUUCAGAAACUAGUUUUAAGCAAUUUCUUGAAUUGUUGGCUGCCUGUCGGGAGUUUUUACCAUUAACUUUACUGUUUAGCUAUUUAGGUUUUUCUGGUGACAUCAAGUUUGAAGUUUGCAGUAAAAUCAUUGAAUCGUUAUCUCAAAUUUUGCCUGUUUACGAUGAUUGUUUAACCGUAUAUCACAAGUCUCUAAUUGAUUGGUUAAAAUCAGAUGGUUACGAACAGCAUGAGUUUACAGUUAAUCCAAAAAAUGGUCAUAAGUUUUUAUGGCAUGCUUGUGAGAAAGUGUUUAAACAAAUUAAGUCUAUGAACAUUUUUGAAGAUCAGAUGAACACUGCUAUGAUUAAAUAUGCUUUGAAGAAUGGAAUCUAUCAUAUGUCACAAUGUGGCGAAAAUGUUGAAUUUAGUUGGGCAGUAGAUGUCAAAGUGGUUUAUGCGAGGUUAAUGUGUGUGGAAGACUUUAACUUUUAUACCAUUGAGUCUGAAUUGUUUGAAAUCAUUAAGGAAGUACGAACUUUCUUGAAAAAAGAUGUACUUGAGGAAGUACUAUUUCAUUUCUUUAUGACAAGAAAGGUGUCAAAUAAGUUUGAUGAAAGCUUAAUUUAUUUACAAAUUAUUGCAAACAGAAUUCAUGGCAGUAACGAAAAAAGAUUAUUGGCAAAGGACUUAUUGAAACAAGGAAAGCUUGUUUGGUUUGAGGAUUUAGACUCAACAUAUUUAACAAACCAUCAUCAUUUGACUGAGUCCUUGCUUGCUAACGUUACAUCUCUUUGUGUGUCGUCCAAUGAAGAACUUCUUGCUGUAGGGUAUGAAAAUGGUCAAAUAUCUGUUUUUGAGCUUCCUGAAUUUACAGAAAGAUGCAUUCUUAGCACUGAACUUGAUGAGUCAAGGCUGAAGAAAUGGGAAAAGGAUGACAAAUUUAAAUCCCUGUAUUACUUAUAUGACUAUUCAGACGAACCGUCUAUUUUCGACAAACUUGGUUUUGUACCUGGAAGCAUCUGUUGUUGCUCCUUUUCACCUACCGGAAAUAGACUGGUAACUAGUGAUGAGUCUACUGAAGUAAAGUUGUGGGAUCUUAACAAUGGACGUUUGUUAUCAUGUUUACAGUCAGAUGAUGUCGUUAAUCGUUGCUCUUUCUCAGAUUCUGGUUUGUUUAUUACAGCAAGAUAUGUAAAACAUCACAAUGAACAUCCUAAAAAAGUGUUCACUGUAUGGAAUUCAAUAACUUUGCAAAGAAUUGAUCGACGCUGCGUGGUUGAUUACCGAGAGCUACAAUUCACCGAUAAAUAUUCAGAGUUCUUUGUUGCAGAAUUCGUCAAGACUUUGUGUGAUUUUCAAUUACCAAAGGCAAUCGAUAUUUUUUCAAGUGAAAAGAAUUAUUUCCCUUUAAUGAGAACACACCAUUAUCGUGAUUGUAUUUUUCAUCAUACAAGCCAGAAUGGAAAGCUUUCUGAACUCACUCAGUUUACAAAAUACGACGAUCAAGGAAAAAUCGAGUUUCAUUUACCAAAUGUUUGGUGUCCAUGUGUUGAUAGGACUCGCGGAAGUCUCCAUCCCAUCUCGUUUAAGGAAUUUUACGUUGUGUCGUAUUUUUCCAAGCUUAAACUUUUCAAAACUGGUAUUCAACAAACUGAAAUAGAUGAAUUAAAGAAAGCUCCUCUCGGUAAUGAUGAAGUAAAAUAUAUUGAAAUAUUGAAAAGCUCGUGUAAUGCAGAAGAUGUGGAAGGAUUGAGAAAAGAUGUUGCAGAAAACAAAAAAAAUGUUAAUGAAAUGAAAAAAUAA